AUGGCGCGGCCACAGAACCAUCCGAUUCUAGCUCAGCUCAAGAGCGCUAGAACGACAUCGGACCAGACUGCCUCGCUCCGCGCAUUAAAGAACGAAAUCGUUGGCCACAUCCAAAGAAAAGAAGCAUGGGUUGCCUUGGGUGUUUUAGAGCCCAUUGUCAGAACUAUCUCGUCAAGGAGUUCCUUGACAAGGCCUAAUGGAAAGGAAUCCUCCCAGGCCAAUCCUCUGGCUCCAGCAUAUUUGUCUGAAGAGGAUGGCACAAAAUUACAAGCGCUACAGCUAGUUGCAAGCUUUGCCCAUGGUGGACCUACUUUCCUAGCACCACUCCAUGCGUGCCAAGCGCUACCUGCGAUAUUGUCAAACAUUUCUCCGUACAUCAACCCUCCACAAAUUGUCAUCGCCGCCCUUCGAGCGCUCACAGAUAUCGCUGAUGCUUCGGCUUUGGCUGAUUCAGACUCUCCCCUGGACCUUUCAUCUGUCGCUGACCAAGUGUUUACCCCUCUGCACCUCGAGUCGUUUAAUGCAAUCCUGUCAAUAUCGUCAUCAAAGCAUCUCUGGCAAACGCAAGCUAGCCUGGCAGCUGGGUUGAUUAGUCGGCUUUGUAAGGAGGAGAGGCAACAAAAUGCCCUGACAAUGUCUGGGGUUCUCGAUUCCCUCGCAGCUAAGCUAGCAAGCUUCGCCGUGAGCGAGGGAUUCGUAGUACCUGGCGCAGGGAUAACCGCACAAAGCGAUGGACUAUCCGGUGCAUUUCCUGAGCCUGCGCCUUCCAACUCUCUCCUGGGUCCAGUCCUCGACGCGAUAGCAACUAUUCUGGGAGACUCGAAAUAUCGGGCACAUCGGCUUGUCUAUGCCCCGGCAAUACUUGCCGUGUUUCCAUCUACCCAGUCAUUGCGACAGCUUUUUGACCUAAGCUCCAAUGUUGAAUCAGCCGGAAGAAACUACUCAAAGCAUCUAGACCUGACCGCCAUGGAGUGUGUUUUACCCGCUAUUCCUACCUCAGUACCCCGAAGCGCGUCUACGUCUCAGUCCUCACUUGCGAACUCUGAACGAUCGGAUGCUCAGAUCAAUACUCGAAGUAAUCAAAGCAGAGCAUCCUCGAUUUGGAGCUCGGCUGCUACACCGUUCAAGCCGUUCAGCGAGCCGGAGCCUGACGAAAUGGAAAGCCCGCUUAUUCCCUGGCUGGUACAUCUUGUACGCACCAGGACAGACUAUGAACGACUGGUAGCUGCAUCAGUGCUCACCUCUCUAUAUAAGGCUGAUUUAGGAAGCAAAGCCGUCCGUGAGAUGAGCCUUGGGCUACUUGUCAUCCCCAUCCUUGUGGAAAUGAUGAUCAAAAUCGAGAAGGAGACAAAGGGCUCCCCGAUGAACAUGACGGCCCCUUUAACGCAGAGAGUGAUUCUGGAGCGAGCACCUCUUGUACUCGCGCGCCUCAUCAAUGAUUGCGAGUAUUUGCAGAUGAGCGCCUUCUCAUGUUUGGCGGCCGAGACCGUAACAAAACUCCUGAAGCGUGCCUACUUGCCGGUUCGGGCCUCGACAGAGACCCAGAUGUGGUCUCCUCGCCACGAUAACGAUAUGGAUGUAGAAGAAGGCUCGCCCGUAGCUCAAUUGGGUCCUCGGGGCCAAGAUCCCCUGAUAGUUCAUGUGGUGAAGGUACGAGAGGCUACCCUCAAGGCAGUAACCGCGAUAGCCUUGGGCAAGGAAGAAUACAGAAAUGCUCUUGUUCGAGAGGACGUUAUUCCAUAUGUAGUCCAAUCACUUUCAGAGUUUCCGAAUAAGCCUCACCCGCCAAAGGGAGCAAAAGAUCAGCCUGCAAUUACCGCAUCUUCUACCCCAGGCUACGGUACAAACCCGCUCUCUGUCAUCAUUGCAGGAUGCCAUGCUGUGAGGGGGCUGACUCGGUCGGUCAGCAUCCUCAGGACAACUAUUGUUGACCACGACAUUGCACCGGCAAUCUUCGAGUAUAUGAAGCAUCCCAACGUCGAUGUACGGUCAGCCGCUACUGCUACCAUGUCCAACUUGGUCCUGGAAUUCAGCCCAGUUCGCGAGAUGUUGACUGAGAAAGGGGUGAUGAAGAUUCUCUGCGAGCACGCACACUCUGACAAUCCUUCACUUCGGCUCAACGCAAUCUGGGCUCUCAAACAUUUCGUAGGUGCUGUGGGAGCAGACCUCAAAAAGGCUUGUCUUGAACAGCUGGAGCCCGGAUGGCUUGUUCAGCUCAUCAUAGAUGAUACCCAGGAUACAGCUCUCUACAAUAGCCGCACGAGAUCCAUUUCAGGGGAAGAUAUGGACGAGGAUCAAAAUAAUUACCCCUCAAGCGAGCCCCAUCGCUGGAUAUAUGGUGCCAACGGAAUUUUCCACGAGUUGGAUGGUUCCCAAUCUACGAGACUACGACAGGCGGAAAACAAGCUAUCUGAAAUUCGCGACUCGGAACUGAAUCCUGUCAAGAAAGCACGCAAUGAGGAUAUCGCUAUCCAGGAGCAAGCUCUCCAGUUUGUGAGGAACCUAACCGGCCAUCCAGGGGCCGGUGGCGGCCCUACUGAAACUGACGAGACGACGGAAAUGAUUGAUUUUAUCUUCAGUGAGAUUGGCCAGGACAGGCUCUUCGAUCUCCUGGUCUCGAAACUCUCACCCAAGGUUCUUCGACCCUUUGCCAGCCGAGGAUCCGUUCCUGGCCGCGAUUCCCGCGUCAUCUAUCCACAACCUCAGAUCAUAGCACCUGUCAUCUUCAUUCUCGUCCACAUAGCAGCCAGUGUCACACGUCAUCGUCAACUGAUCAUCGCCCAGACAGAGCUGCUCAAGCUCCUGCAGAAGCAAUCGAACAACAAGGAUCGGGAGGUUCGCGUUGCGCUCUGCCACCUCGUCAGCAACCUCACCUAUCCCGACGAAGGUGCCGAAUCCGAAGGGUGCAAGCAACGGGCACAGGAGCUCAAGAACCUUGGCUUCUACCAUAAACUCGAGGCCCUGUGCCAAGAGGACCGGGAUCUAGAUGUACGCGAGCGGGCGAAGACUGCAGUGUGGCAGAUUGAGCAGCUCUCGCAGCUGUCCUACUAG